AUGUUGCUGUCAUUUAAAUUUGUGUUUUUGUGUGUUAUUCUGACGACAUUUUUGAUCGCCAAUAGUGAUUCGAAACGAGUGUUGGGAUUUUUUCCAACUCCAUCCAAAAGUCAUUUGAUAAUUCAUGGAGCUGUUAUUGAAGCUUUAGCCAAACAAGGACAUGAAAUUACUGUCGUCACAAGUAUUCCAUGGAAGACCAAGAAUUCACAAAUUCGUCACAUUCACCUAAAAACUGUGCCAAAAUUUUCUCUAGAUGUUGUCACACAAGGAUCUGACAAUCCAUUGCCAUGGUAUAAAAAGUUGACUCAAUUCAUCGAAUCUAUGAGUGACUAUGCUGAGAAUUGUUUAAGUGAUCCUGCAAUGCAGAAAUUAAUGAAAGACGAAUCCUUUGAUUUGGUGAUUUUGGGAUAUUUUACCAAUGAUUUUCUAUUGGGUGUUGGGGCACAUUUUAAGUGUCCCGUUGUGCUGUCAUUCCAAGUGCGUGCAGUUGGACAGAUUAAUGAUUUUUUGGGAAAUCCUCAGGAGCUCAGUUAUGUUCCUAGUUUGAUGGGUGGCGGAACUCAACCAAUGGGAUUUGUUGAUCGAGUUAAGAAUUUCCUGUUUGUUGGUUUUAUUGAAGGUGUUGUGCUGAAUAAUUUAAUCAAUUGGUUUCAAGCUGAUGCAUACAGGUAA